AUGGGUCUGUCUUUACAGAACCUGGGGUUGACCCUCUUGAUACUGGUCGCUUUCUCCGGCCAAGCAUAUGCAUUUGGCGCUGGAAACAUCGCCUCGCUUUCCCGCCUCGAAGGUCAAAACUGGCGUCAUGGAGAUAUUGAGGAUACCCUCCUGACUCUCUUAAUGGCAAGGGUCGCCGGUGGUAAGAAAUUCGGCAAGCUGGAUGUAAAGCGGGUCUACUUCGGUAAUUGGCUGCGUGAUUACAGCCAAGCAGUCGAUGUGGGCACCGUCAAAUACGUUAGUGCCGAAGCUAUCCGUAUCCUACUGUGGGUGCUGGGAUUUAUGAGCUUUGGAUACGGGACCAGAGAGUUUGAGGUUACGACUGAACGCCUGGGAUGUUACCAACCUACGGAGCAUAUCGAUAAUCCCUUGGGAUACGCUACCGGAGAGGAUGCGCGUGACUACGAUCCGCGACUACGUGGUCCCGUUGACGAAGAACAGGAACUCGCAGUGGAUUCCCGCACCGGCCUGAAACGCUACAUCGCAACGGAGGAUGCGGAUAUCGACAACUCGGCCGCGCUGAUUCGCCGUGUUCUUGGCCGCUCGAUUCAGAUGGGCCGGCGCUAUGGCCAAUCCAGGAACAAGGACGAUCUAUAUGAAGCUCUGCGACUGUUGGGCACUGGAUUGCACUGUCUAGAAGAUUAUGCUGCGCACUCCAACUACACCGAGCUCAGCCUGAUUGAACUAGGAGAGACAGAGGUCUUCCCUCACGUCGGACGCGACACUAAACUGCAGGUUGACGGGGUCGAUGAGGAAGUCUAUCCAAUCGUGACUGGUACCUUUGGUGGAGUGGAUUUCUUCCAUUCGGUGCUGGGAGAGUUGUCCGAUAAGACAAUGCAGUCUGAAAUUGAGUCCUUGGAGACUGUCGUCGCCCAAUCGGAGAAUGAGGAUUCCUCCGAGAGUUUCCUGCAGACUCUGCUGAGCAAGAUUCCCGACGGUCUGCUUGGUGACACCGACCAGACUAGCAAGAUGGAUGACUUCAAGUCCAAGGCAGAUGAUGCCAAACAUGACGGCGAGAAGGUCACUCCUCGGGAUCCUGAAGAGUGGACUCUUUACCUGGAAAAUGCCCAGAAGCAGAUCUACCCAGUCCUCGAGUGGCACGACAACCUACUGAAACAAAUCAACAAGGCCAUCGAAAAGAUUCCAAUCUUGCCCGACCUGAUCGAGCAAAUUCAGGAUCAAAUUACGAUUUUUGUCUUCUCUAUAUUGGCUCCUUACGUCCUUCCCAUCAUCAAGCAGGUCAAGGCCGAGCUUGAAACUGGUUCAUCUGAAGUGAUCCAGAGCAGCCGGGAGCAACAGCACGUGGUGUUCAACGACGACAGCUGCUCAAACCCGACUCACUCAAUGCUCUCAAAAGACCACUUCUCAAACAUCCUGAAUGAGCCCGCUGGUCGUAUUGCGUCAGCGGUUGUCAAAUGGGCAGUUCCUCAGCUCAUGUCAUGCUGGGACGACGAGAAUGUCGAUGUCGACCGAACUCUCGACAGAAUCAUUUCUGGUGUUUUCCACCACCCCGCUCUUCGCGAGUCUGGAAAUGAUGGAGCUGCCGAUAUGCAUCAAAUCAUGUUCUCCACGGUCGAAAAGUGGUGGAACGAAAAGAGUGACGAGGAGCGUGACGUCCUCCGCGACCAGCUGAGCCGCGAUGGUGUCCUCGAAGGCAGGAAUCAUAAAGAUGGUGUGCAAGACUGCGGACACGGAUGUGGCAAGCCGCUCGCUCUUCCCAAGGCUCAAGGCAGCUCUGGUGGAGGCCAAGCGUCCGGUGACUCUGGUGGCAUUGAGAAUCUUGCCUCCGAGGUUAUGGGAGGAAGCGCAUUUGGCGGUAUUCUCGGUGGACUCGUAGGAGGCAUGGGCUCUAUGCUUCUCAACAACGGCGGCUCAAAGCCUGAUCGUGAGAGCCCAGAGCCUCAGAACUAUGACAGCGGGAAUUCUUACCAGAGUCGACCCCAACAUGAGAGCCAGCAGCAAUAUGGAGGGGACUCCUACAGUCAACCCCAGAGUGGAUAUAGUCAGCCCCAGAGCGGAUAUGGACAACCAAGCUACGGAGGCUACGGUCAGCCCGUGGCUCACCACGAAGAAUACCGUCCUCGUCCCGACGGAUACGAAUAUCAAAGUGAAACUGUCUAUCAACAACCACCUCCACCUCACGAUGAGUACUCCGGCUACGCACCCCCAGCGGAGAAUUUCCGCCAGCAGCACCACCAAUACCAGUCGGAGAGUCAGAGUUACUAUCAGGAGCAGCCACGGGAAAUCUACCAAGGUGGUCCAUCUGAAUAUCAGCGUACAGAGCCACAAUAUGGAUAUGGAGGCCCACCUCCCCGUGAGGAAUAUGGACAGGAGUCCUCCGGAUAUGGUAGACCGCAGCCUGGCUACAAUGAAUUUGAGAAUUCCGGCUAUCGGCCACAGGAAGGAUAUGGUGAGCGAGAGGGCGGUGAUGGUUACCGCCCCGAGCGACAAUAUGAAGGCGAGGAGCGCCCCAGGCACGGUUCGGGCUCUGGCAGCGAUGAUGAGGAACGUCAUCGACACCACCGACACCACCAUCAUCACCAUGAACGUUCUGGUUCGGAUUCGGAGUAG